CAAAGAAGGACUAAAAUGCAAAAAAAAACUAUUGAGGACUAAUAUGCAAAUAAAAAAAUACCUAGUAGAGUUUCCAUUACAGUUCUGAGAAAGUUGGCCUAAGAAGACGAAAGAGAGAAGAGAUGGGAAGAACUGAGAGAGACCGCCUUUUUCAGAUUCUCAGUCUUCAUCUCAAUAACAUCCAUGAAACUUUUCAGCUUUUCGAUCAAGCUCCAGUUUCUUCUUCCAUUGCUAAAGCUAACUGGGAUGAGGUUGUAAAGAUGGGGGAUGGAGUCUCCAGACAAGCUACCAUUUUUGGAAUGCUUUGGGUUGAACGAACCCCGAAAGCUAGUGAACUCCAAGAGAACAUGGAAGUAUACUUCAACACGCUGCAGGGUUUUAUUCUACUUUCUCAUGGGAGUACAGUAGGUGCAGGGCCUACCUUAUCGUCUUGUGUCUAUGCAGCUGUGAAGCGAGUUGUUGAUUCCAGCUUUCAUUUAUGGAAGGAGUCUGUCUCAUCAUAUGGAACAGACGAGAAACAAUCGAUCCCGCAGCUGGUUGGCACGGUGUGGGAAGCAUGUUCCGCUCUUCAGAAAACUCCAGGCAAUAACAUUACGGCAAUUGGGCGAGCAAUAUCUCAGGUUGCAGUUACGAUGAAGGAUGUUCUCCGCGAGAUGAAGGAGCUCAAGCCUGGAUCCACAGACCCAAAAGAUGAUAACGGUAAUGACGACGACGAUGACGAUGAUGAUUUAUGUGAAGGUGAUCUUGGAAAUGAUUUGUCACCUGAAGAGAUGAAAGUUGCCCAGUUAACCAUUGCUGCAGUAUCCGCGACACUUGUAGUGAUAAAAGAAAUUAUCCGCUCCAUCACGAGUUUGCUCAAGAUCGGGAACACGAAUGACAACACUACUGUUGUGGAUUCGUUGGAGAAUUUGUUGAAACAGAUUCAAAAAAUCGGCGAACAGAUUGAUGAGAUGGGGGCCUGUCUUUAUCCACCACAGGAAGUUCCCGUUAUAAAAACAGCAGCAGAAAAAAUCUCGGGCAUCGUCGAUGACAUGCAAAAAGAAGUUGAAAACCUUAAGGGAACCUCAGAAGGUUUUCUUCAAGCAUGUUAUGGAUUGAAGGUCUCACUAGCAGAGUUAAAAUCUGAACUAGAUUCAUCAAGUCCUUUAGAUAUAGAGUCCAAAUUGCAGAAAGUUGAUUUGAACAAUUAAGAGAGAAACAUCAAUGUUUUGGUCAUGUGAAAUUAGAUACCAUUUUGGCAAAUUUUGAUUAAGACUGUUGUUUAUCAUGAAUCCAUUUUGAGAUUUUGGAUUGAAAAAUAACUGUUACCAACUGUAUAUUUCAUUAGAAAAUGUCUACAAUAGUCGAUAAAUUCGGAAAA